CCAACCCAUCGUCAACAACGUAUUGUUUGGCGUUUAUACACAAGACUUCCCUACUGUCAUUGUUUAAUUGUGCAAGAGGCCGCGCUGGCAUAAGGCCUGUAGAGCUAAAAAACAACGAGGAAUUUGCUAAGGACAGCCACCUCACCAUCUGCCUGGGUGGACGGACGGGCAGAAAGAAUUGGAUUCACCUGGGCAGUUGUACCUGGUUCUCCCGCGAGUGGAGGGAGAUGACGUCAUCACCACCAGUGUUGGCGACGCCGACGCGCUAAAUUUGAAUUUAGUAUCCUGCCGCUCGUGGAAAUCACGGCUCUAUAAUUGUUCGAAUGAGGCUGAUGAUCAUCAUGAGGUGUCUAACAAUUAUUAGAAGAGCAACUUAGGUCCUUAAAGGAACAAUGACUACUCGUGAAUCAGGUCGACUGAAAGAUGGAUCAGAGCGCCGUAUAUUGGAUGAAGCCGCAAGGCGUCGCCGUGUCAGGAAAGCUUUGGAGGCCUUGGAACAAGAUAAUUUCCAUGAUGAUCCACAUGCUAAUCUUGUCAUGAGCAAGAAGGCUCCAAAGUUUGAAGAGUCAUUAGAUGGAAAUAAGAAUAAAGACCGUAAAAGACGAACAAGAAGCACAGAGUAUUUUAAGCAAAGAUUUCGUAAGAAUUUUCCAAUUCUUUUGGAGGAGGAGCAAGCUAUUUGUCCUGAAGGUCCAAAUUAUCUUACAGUGCAAGCCCCACCGUCAAAGUUACCUGAACGUCACUUAUGUGCUGUGUGUGGAUUUCCUGCUCCUUAUACUUGCAUACCAUGUGGCUCUCGCUACUGUACGGUUAAGUGUCUCAAUACUCAUCAAGAUACUCGAUGUCUUAAGUGGACGGCCUGA